GUGGAACUGUCUUGAGUGAAUGUACAGAUAAUAGCAGAAAGAAAGAAAGAAAGAAAAUCAAUAAUGUAGUCUAUUUGUAUUUUACCCCUCAGGUCCUUUCAUAGACGCUGCGUGGCUGAAAGAACAAUGGACCAUCACUUUAUUGACCUGUGAGACUUUAUUGACGGUCUGAAAGCGCACAAACGGAACAUGUCGGUGUGUCAGUGACAUGUUCUGUUGGUUCAAGGACGGCUCAGGUUUCUUUGAGCACCCAGCAGAAAUGACCGUCUGCGUGAGAUGCAGAGAAACAUGUGCUUCACCUUCAAUUCAUUUGUCCCUUUUAAAUUACAAUAUAGGUAUGAGUAAACUUUACUUUAUAGAAACACACACUUCAGCAUCACAAUCUUUGAUUGUGUGGUUUUGAAAACAGGCCUCAGGGGUUUGCUGGUGGAUGUUAGAAUGAUGUUUGGUUUGGAGUGAGUGGCUUGGAGCAGCAGUGUGGAUUUAGCUCAUCUUAUGAGGAAGUUGUUGGAAAUGAUGAAAUGACAUAACCACAGUUUUCUUCGUGGCUUUGUUUGGUGCGUCUGCUGACCACGCCUUCCUGCCGCCACGGUCUUAAAGCAGCCACGCAGUGUGAGUGUGCGCAUCAGUUGAGCCCUAGUGGACGUGGACAACAGGUGCACUCUACUGCCUCCCUCCACCUCGCCGCCGAUGGCUAAUGCCCACAGAGCGCCGCUCGUCGCUUUGCACAGAGCUCCCUCGUCUGCACUUUGAGCAUUUGCACGUAUUUACAUCCUGAUCGCUUCCAGACUCGAAGAGACAAAGCAAAGAAAUGCCUUUUCCGCCGAUCAGCCUCCCUCAGCGGAUCUCCUCUCCAGGCAGGGAGCUGUUCGGGAAAAAGAAAGCCACCGCGGUGCCUCCUCCUCAGCCUGAGCACACCAGCAAAUCCUGCGGAGAGAAAGCGGGGUCCGACAGGGAGAAGCAGUCCAUUUCUUGGACGUCUGCGAACUUGAGGAAUUUGGGGCGAAAAGCCCAACAGCAGAAGAGUAAAAGCCAAGAUCAGAAGCCGGGUGUUGGUCAGGAGACUCAGGGAAAGGGUCCCUGGCUGAUGGUGCCCAAACCUCAGGAGUCAUCGGAAGCAGUCAGGCGCUCCAGCUCCAUGGACUCCGCCAGACACAUCCAUGGCAAAGACGAAGGGAAGAAGGAGAUCCAGUUCAGCCUCAGUCUCACCCCUGAGGCCAUUCUCGUCAUCCAAAAGCGCAAUCUUGAAAAGCAGAUGCUGGCAAAGCAGCAGAAGUGCUGCGCCUCCACGGACUUUCGGCACAGGCGAGUUUUUCCAUCCAAAAAGACGCACGGAGCGUCGAAGGGCGGCGCUCCUCUGGCCAAAGCGGAGAGCGCCGAGCAGGACAUCACUGCCAUCGUCAAGAUAUCACUGUUGAACGAUCAGUACAAAUACGACGAUGUGGAGUACGAGGACGAGGACGGAGACGUGGACGAGACUGUCGUGAGGAAAUGUAAAGAGUGGCUGAAAGGCGUCGAAAACGCCGCUGCUUUGGGGAAAGUGGACAAACUUUCUGCACUCCCGCACCUUAAAGGCUGCUGACACCUGACGUCUGACCUGACUGAACUUGAAGUGAGAGGAGACGGUGCACUCUUGGAAGUGUACGCACCUGAGGCCUGCUGCAGUGGCACCUCUGACGCGAGUGUAAUAAAUGUGAGGACAUUGUUAUCCACGUGUCUCCAGAGGAAUGUCGCCGUGUCUUGUUGGACUUCACAAAUGAUAAAUAAAUAAAUAAAUAACUAAAAGGGAUAAUUUGACAAACAUGUAAAUGUUAUCUGCAGCCAGCCUCAUCCAACAGUGCUUUUUAUGGUUCACAGGGACGUUUACUUUAUAAGUUUGAUGCCUCUUCUAUGUUUGUUUUUAUAUUAUUAUUAUUAUUUUGUUUGUUUGAUUUGAAUUCCUUAAUGUUAAUGUCUUUUGCACAUGGAAUCUGUUUUUGAGUGAGGGGCGUCUGUGGGUUGGCACACUGGUUUGCGUAAAGGGACGCAGAAGCGUUCCUUUGUUGUUGGAGAACAAUAAGCUGUCAACACAACAGGGCUUUAUGUGCGUCUCAUGCUGCUAAAACCAAACUGGACUAUUUAUUUUCUCUGAUGAGAGGGCUUUUAUCCUCUGUUUUUAUCACUGAUGUACUGUAUUUAAUAUAACUGAACAUUUGUACUGUCAACAUUUGUUUUCCUCAGCUAAUGAUUUUAUGCUGUUUUAAGUAAGUAAAAUGUUUAUUUAAUCA